AUGUCUGUUAGUAGUAGGGGGAUGGUUACUGAAGGUUGUUCGUAUGUAUCCGGAACCGGGGACGUCGCUGCUGGGGUUGGUGGGAAAUCAACGUUAACAACAAGUACAAGUGUGGGAUUUUCUCCUUCUAGUAAAACCUUUAAUAAGUUUAAUCUUCAAGCAGAAUAUGAUGAUCCGUGGUCGGCGGGAAAUAAUAAUAAAAAAAAAGCACAAACACGGGCAGUAGGAGGACUUCGUCAAUUUAGUAUCCAAGUAUGCAAAAAAGUUGAAAGCGAAGCUAGAAUAACAUAUAAAGAAGUUAUAGAUGAGCUUGUUGCUGAACUUUCAACAACCACACCUUACAUGAAACGAAAUUAUAAUGAGAAAAAUAUUCGACGGAGAGUGUAUGAUUCCUUGAAUGUUCUUAUUGCAGAGGAUAUCAUAUCUAAGGAUAAAAACAAAGAGAUACAAUGGAGAGGCACGCUUCAUGCUGCAUGCCUAAAUGCUGUUGAACAUCUUAAGUCUCAAUACCUUGGCCUAAGAAACAAAAUUGCAAACAAGGCUGCGUACUUGGAAGAACUUGAGAAUCAAUUUGUAGGUCUGCAGAAUAUGGUUCAGCGAAAUAAGCAACUAUGUUGUUCAGGGAGGAAAUCUGCAACUUCAGGGGGUGUGUCGUUGCCUUUUAUCAUAAUCCACACGCCUACACCUGCAAAAAUUAGGAAUUUCAGAGGUAAACGCAGACAGGGUAUAUGA